AUGAAGAUACCCGAAGAGCUUCCCCUUUUCAAUGAAAAGGUUAAAAAAUUUGCCCCGCCAUCACGGAAAAAUGCGCCUUUGAAGCCAACUAAGAUCGAAAAGUUCGAUGGAAGCAACGCAGAUUUCAAGACUUGGUCCACCGCUAUGGAUCUCCGUUUUGUCAAAUACCCCGAAGAUUUCAGCACUCUAGAGUUGCGCCUCACAGAGAUUGCGGAGCAUUGUUCGGGUCGCGCUGCAAACUGGAUGAAUGCAAUCAUCAUCGGCAAUUGUGAAGAUCUCAUUGAUGAUUAUGCUGAAUUCAUUGCACAGUUCAUUAGAACCUUUCAAGACGCGCAGUACAUCUCGCGUAUGCAAGACCAGUACAUGACUAGACAUGUAAAAGGUUCUGUUGCCAUCUUCGCGACGCAAUUCGAAGAAGCAUCCAAUGCUUUGGGUUACCUCCCCAAUGUCAUGGCACUCCAGUUCCUGCAUCAAAUGCAGCCCGAGAUCAGAAAGGCGCUAAACUGUCAACCAACCCUCGACCGCAAGGACUAUGAAAUGGUCCGGAAACUUGGGGUAGAGGUAGACAGCAAUAUCUACCUAGAGCGUAAAGGGGAACGUACCGCACGGUCACGCACUUACUGUUAUGAACUUACUUGUGGGCUGAAUUACGAAGCUGUUAAGCUACAGAGGUCGAGUCAGUUUCGGCGAGGCAACGGUUCAAAGGUAGCGGAUUAA